GACUCACCAUGCUGACAACAUGCAACCUAUCGAUGUGCACAGCAUCCAGAGGGCGGCCGAGGAGCUCGUUGCGUACGUCGCCGCCCAUGAGGGGCCAGAAGAGCACCACCGCGCGACUACCGUAGCCACCGGCGAGGCAAAGAGGCGCCGGAUGUGGUACGAGCCGCCCGAAUUCUCCGCUUACGAUCCAGACGACAUGGAUGUCGGAACAAAUCCACAGGCACUGCGUCUGGCGCACAGAGAUAUCUACCGGCAUCGGACAGACAUACCGCCAGUCUCCACUGAUGCCCACAAGAUUGAGGCGUGCAUGCAGUACCUGCAGCAGUCGCGGGCGACGGCACCCAGGCGCGGCCUGCAGCUGACGCCCGACACUUUCCAAA